AUGGAAGGUGACCCACAAGAUUGGUCAAGUUAUUUUACCUACGAGGAAAUACAUAACAAUACAAAUUAUGUCCAAACACGUGGAACGGGCCAGCCAUACAACACACUACCUAAUUAUAACUUUAACAGUAACUAUAGAAGUAGCCAAACCCACCAUAAUAUAGAGGAAGCCAAAGAUAAUGAUAUAGGGGAAUAUAAUGGCCUGCGAGCUAAGGAUCAAUUACUGGUGGGGUUUUCACAUAAUCCUUAUAGAUAUUCAGUACCAGAGGCUGAUUAUCUAAAAGGCGUGAGGGAUAUAGACCCUAGCAGAUAUACAAAUAAGAAUGAGAAUCGUGGGAAACGAGGAGUGUUCCACUUGUACAAUAUGAUUCUCUGCGCGACAGGCUGCGAACCCUUAGCUUACAAGGGAUACGGGUGUUACUGCGGCUUCUUGGGCUCUGGGCGGCCAACUGAUGGGAUAGACAAUUGCUGUCGACUGCACGACGAAUGCUACGAGAACAUCUAUUGCCCCUUCUUCACUGUAUAUUUCCAGCCGUAUUAUUGGAAGUGCUAUCGGAAUCGGCCGCUUUGCGCUCUAGAGAACUACCAGACCAGAAAUCAGUUCAUUAACGGGUGCGCGGCGAGUCUCUGCGAAUGUGACAGACAAUUUGCAAUGUGCGUAAAAAGAUACUCAUGUCCCAGGAGUCGAGCUCUCUGCCACUCUUCACCGUUAAGACUAUUGCAAAAUAUAUUAAUGUUUCGCUAA